AUGCUUUUUCAAAAUGCUAAUCAGAAACAUGAACAAAAUGUAUCUUGUAUUCUAAAUUCUGAAGAUGUUUCUGCAGUUGUGGAUAAUACACCAGUCUCAACAAUAUCACCAUAUAAUUGUACUGAACCUCAAACAUUUUUAACUGUCAAUGAUCAAUGUGAUACAAACAUGAACUACAAUGAUAAUAUUGAUAAUGAAACUUUAAAAAUUAAACUGCAAAAAUGGGUUGCUGAAUUCCAUGUUUCACACAACUGUUUGAAUUCUCUUCUAACAAUUUUGCGGUCUGAAAAUCUGAAUCUUCCAAAAGACGCCAGGACAUUAUUAAAAACCCCAAAAGCUAAUUUCCAUACUAUUAUUAAUGUACCUCCAGGAGAUUACAUUCAUAUUGGUGUUGAGUAUAUGUUAUGUAAAACUUUAUCUGAGCAUAUUGAUUGUUUUGAUGACAAUAUUAUAAUAGAGUUAGGAAUUAAUGUUGACGGGGUCCCACUAUCAGCCAGCUCUAAGUCAAGCUUUUGGCCUAUUCUUAUUUCCAUUGUAAAUAUAUCUCAUUUGUCAAAAUAUGUUCUUCCAGUUGGGAUAUAUCAUGGAAAAUUUAAGAAACCUUGUUCAAGUUUUGAUCUUAUGAAUUCUUUCAUUACUGAAAUUAAAGAAAUUCUAUUAAAUAGAAUAUCUGUUAAAAAUAAAGUUUUAAAAUUUAAAAUUACUCAGGUAGUAUGUGAUGCACCGGCCAAAGCAUUUGUGCUCAAUGUUAAAGGCCAUAAUGCGUAUCAUGGUUGCAAUUCUUGUAUAGUGGAAGGUAGUUUUGUUAAUAAUCGUAUGGCAUAUUUAGAUAUGAAUGCCAGUUUAAGAUCAGAUAAAUCUUUUCGUACUAAAGAAGAUGAAUUUUAUCAUAAAGACUCUAGUCCAUUGGAAGAUUUACCAAUUGAUAUGAUAAAAACAGUGGUUAUAGAAUAUAUGCAUAAUAUAUGUUUAGGGGUAACAAAAAGAUUGAUAACUUUUUGGACAAAGGGGAAAAAACCUGUUAGAUUUUUAAAGCCCGAAGAAGUUUCAGAAGAGUUAAAUAGCCUAAAACCUUUUAUGCCUUCGGAAUUUACAAGGCUGCAUAGAUCUCUAGAAGAAGUUGAAUACUGGAAAGCAACAGAAUUUAGGGCUUUUGUUCUGUAUACUGGGCCAGUUGUUCUUAGAGGUCGAUUAAAAAAAUCUCUUUAUAACCAUUUCAUGCUCUUACAUUGUGCUACCAGACUUCUAAUAUGUCCUGAAACAUGUCAUACUCAUAAUUUUCUAGCUAAAACUUUAUUAAAUAAAUUUGUUCAUGACUUUUCUUAUUUAUACGGUGAAGAAUAUGUGGGUUAUAAUGUUCACAAUUUAAUUCAUGUACCUGACUUUGUUUUGAUCCAUGGUGCCUUAGAUGCAUUUAGUGCAUUUAAAUAUGAAAAUUAUUUACAAUUUAUUAAAAAAAGUUGUAAAAAUUCUAGGUAUCCCCUCCAAGAUACUUACAACCGUAUAAUAGAACAAGUAAAUAUUCAAACAAAAUGCAAUCCUUUAAAAUACCCAAUUCUGAAAAAUGAAAUUAAUUUUGGUGACUCUAUUAAUGAAAAUGAAUAUGAAAAAGUAAUUCUUAAAAAUUUUGUAGUAAGUUCAAAAAGUAUUCGAGACAAAUAUUUUAUUUUAAAAAAUAAUGACAUAGUUGAAGUCAACAAAAUUGUUAAACUUUUAACUGGGCAAAUACAUCUUAUUGUGACUCCAUUAAAUUAUUGCAUCAUGUAUCAAGAUCCCAUUUCAUCUUGUUUAAUUAAAUCAUUUUAUAUUGACAAUAAUAAUGAUAAUUGUUCUAAAUCAAUUGGCUUAGACUGUUUAAAAAGUAAAUGUUUAUAUAUACCAACUGGCAGCAAAUCUAUUGCUAUUGCUUUACUUCAUGAAGUAUAA